AUGGGUAAUGAAACCGAAACAUCAAAACUAAACGAGGUCUCCGGUGCUUCUUCGGGUAUACAAUCGACAUCCCGAUCGGAAUAUGCAGAUCUGGCUUAUGAUGCCGGUCCUGCACAUGUGGACAGACCGAGCGCAAUGUACCGUAAUAUAUACAUAGCAGAGAUUCCGCCGUUCGAUGAAACGAAAAUUCGAAAACCCAUGCCAAAGUCGAAACAGAAGAAUAAUUCACCAAAAGUAGAAACUCCGGAGAUGAUAGAGCAAAAAAAUGCGAACAUUCGACGAUACAUUGCCUGGCUUCGCGCUUAUAACUUGCUGUCGGAUGAGGAAAUUGGUCAACUCAGGCCCGAGCAUGUACCACCAACUGAGCAAAAGCUCGAUGAAGAGCAAGAGCGUUAUUUUCAAGCUAAACGUCUCAGAGCAACCGAACCGACGCCACAAGAACGAGGUGAACUGCAAGAGGUCGAGGAGUUUGAGUUUGCAAAUAAUGAUGAACGAAGGCGGCAAAGUCGACCAGUGAGAAUAUGCACUGCAUUACAAGAACGAUUUUUAGCGUUCUUCCGCAACCUUCGUGGCAGCAUGCAGAGCUUCAUUCAGCAAUACGCUCCUCAUAUGGAUGAGUACUUUGGAAGAACCGAAGAAGAAGUUCGGGCGAUCGAUGAAAGAAAACGUACACAGUACAUCGAGGAGGAAAAGCUCCAUAUUCACUUGCUCCAUAUGCAGCAAAUGGCUACCGGCAAUGUCACUCCAGCCCCGCCAUUUCCGGAAUACGACACUAACGGACGUAUUAAGAUCACCAAGGAGUAUCUCGACUUUGUAAUGUAUCGCGAUCUUGCGCCACUGCAAGAGCUCAAGAAACUUCGUGAGGAUGAACGCGAGCUCAUGUAUGAGGUGACCAAGACUCGCGAGAUUCUUGAUCGUCUCUCGUUCGGCGACGAGAAGGGCAAGAAAAGCCGCAAGAUGCUCUGUAAUCGCUAUGUUCCGGAAGAGGAACUUGAAACUGAUGAUGAAGAGAUGGAGGAGGCGGGCACAUCCAAGGCAACUGAUCCUCUUCUCAAAAAAACUGACAAGAUCGAGGAGGACUCUGAAAAGGUAGAGGAUGGUCGUCCAGCGACAUCGACCACCUCAAUCAUGGAACAGGUACAUUUUUGA